GAAUCAACACAGGAUCCUACCUCGGGUUGAUGUUCAAGGUUCGGGAGAGCACCAGCUACGGCACUUUGAGCAGACUGCUCGAGGUAUUGGCGUCGGCGUCCAUGGGGGCUCUACUUCUUGUUGCCUACCUCCACAACCGUCUUGUUUGGUCGAUUCAGCACAAGUUCGUGAAUGCGUUGGUUAUCGUGGCCAGCAUGAGGAAUUUCACGCGCCAAGGCAAGCCGUCCAUUGCGUUUGACAGUGUGUCAUUCGAGCAACUCAAGUUUCCAGGCGCUUUCCCGCUGCCGAGCAACUUCAUUGCAAUCGCGCUGCAAGAUGCGCUGGUGGAGGCUGAGGUCGUUGACGCUUCUGCGGAGGGCGAUGACGUCGGGGACUCCAGGCCCAGGCCCAGAAAAAAAAAGCCGAAGCUGGAGUUUAUGCUGCGGACUGCAGACCCAGAAGAGCUCAUUAAUGCUCAAAAUUGCUUGAAGGGCUGCACGGAAAGACUGCGCGGAGCCACUCCCACUUUGCCUUCAGCAAAAAGCAUGGAGCCCCUGUGCCAGAGGGAGACAGAGUAG